AUGGCUUUGAAUUCCCACGACGUCCAAAAAGUGGACUCCUUCAUAAACCGCGAACCCGAAGUCCGCAUCGUCCUCCAACCAAUCGCUCCCCCAGCAGCACUAGGUCUCGCCGGUUUCGCCGGCAGUACCUGGAUAACAGCAUCUUGGAUAGCAGGAUGGUGGGGCAGUGAAACCUCGCCUACCAUAUUCUUCCCAUUCGUGGCCUUUUGGGGAGGGUUGAGUCAGUUUAUUGCGGGAUUAUAUGGGUUCCAUGCUAGGGAUACUUUGGUCAGUGUGAUUAAUACUAUGUGGGGUGCUUUUUGGAUGAGUGAGGGGUUGAUGUUUUUGUUGAAUACGACUGGAGCGCUGCCUGCUGGAGAUAUCCACGCGCAUCUUCCUGAAUUGGCAUCUUGGUUUGUGGUCCUGGCUGCAUUCACCUGGGUUGGAGCAAUCGCAGCGACCGCCCGUGACGUUAUCCUCGCAACCCUCCUCUUCAGCCUCGCCAUCGGUACCACGAUAGCCUGCUGCCUUUUCGCCUACGGAAACGGCGUUAACAUCGGUAUCAAAGUCGCCGCAUACUUCUGGAUGCUUGCAGCCCUGCUCGCAUGGUGGAGAGUCGCUGUAUACCUGAUCGAAGAGGCAUAUGGACCCAAGAGCGGCAUUGCCAAAUUCUUCCCUGUGUUCAGAACUAGCACUGAGAAGAGUGCACCUAUGGUUGUUCCUGGACUUGGAGAGCCUGGUGUCAAGAGAGAUGUGCACGAGUAUAGUGUUAGAGGCAUCUAGUAACGCAUAAUCGAUACCAGUUUUAUGGUCUUGCAUGUUUUUUGUUUCGAAUGAAUACGUGUGGUCUCGAGGUUACUGGUCAAUUUUGACCUGUCAGAAUUGUGGAGAUGCUUGACGUGAAAUACCCGGUUGCACGAGCGUGGAUCAUCUCCGGCUUGCUGCAUUAACUCAGUUCAGCAGCUUGGACUGUUACUCAUGGAGACAAAACAUGACCAGUCAAUUGGACGAUCUGGUGCC